CUCAUUAUUUUAUUUUUAUUUUUAUUUUUUCCGUUUUCUCUCUCCAGCAAAUUUCUUAUCACCAGUAUUUGUCCGACUCACAAACUCUCCCCCAAUAAUUUACUACCAGAGAGAAGAGAAAUCAUUCAUCGACACUUUGAAGGAGAACUGAUCUUCAUCUUCCUCUCUCACCGAAUCGAAGUAGGAGAGAGAAAAAUUCAACAGAUCCGAAGAUGAAUGACACCGAUGUUCAGAAGCAGAUCCAGCAGAUGGUUAGAUUCAUCCGCCAAGAAGCGGAGGAGAAAGCUAACGAGAUCUCCGUCGCUGCUGAAGAGGAGUUCAAUAUUGAGAAGUUGCAGUUAGUUGAAGCGGAGAAGAAGAAGAUCAGGCAAGAGUACGAGCGCAAGGAGAAGCAAGUUCAAGUUCGCCGGAAAAUAGAGUACUCCAUGCAGCUGAAUGCAUCUCGGAUCAAGGUCCUUCAAGCGCAAGACGACUUAGUUAACUCCAUGAAAGAAGAAGCAGCCAAAGAGCUGCUCCGUGUCAGUGGUGACCAUCAUCAUUAUAAAAGGCUUUUGAAAGAGCUCGUUGUUCAGAGUUUGCUUAGAUUGAGAGAACCUGGUGUCUUGUUGCGCUGCCGAGAGGAUGAUGUGCACCUGGUGGAGCAUGUUCUUAAUUCAGCUAAAGAAGAAUAUGCAGAGAAAGCAGAAGUACACACUCCUGAGAUAAUUGUUGACAGCAUCCAUCUCCCAGCUGGUCCUAGUCAUCACAAGGAACAUGGUCUUCAUUGCUCUGGAGGUGUCGUUCUGGCUUCUCGAGAUGGCAAAAUUGUGUUUGAGAACACUCUUGAUGCAAGAUUGGAGGUCGCAUUCAGGAAGAAACUUCCUCAGAUCCGCAAGCAGCUCUUUGCUGUUGCCGCUGCAUAAUGAUCUGUGAACAGGAGAAACUCGUAUGUUCCUUGUUACUGCGGCUGUUACGAUUUUGGAUAUGGUCACAGACCACAGUCAGCAAUUUGUUUACCGCUGUGAGACUAGUACAAAUUCUAUUUAUCCAUUUGAGAGACAUUAUGUUGAUUAGUAAAGUACAUGAGUGUUUUAUGUAUUAUUGAAUGUUGAUCAUACAUACAUCAAAUCGGACUUAUUGAAUUCCUUAUUUUUCCUGCUUAGGUUAUGGUCACUGAUCAUGGAUCAAAUAAAUGUCAGCUUCAGAUGAAAGCUGUUUUCCUUCA